AUGACAUCGUCUGCCAAGUACACUGCUGCAACCAGCCAGCAGGCCAUGGAGCUCGAGAACGAGUACGGAGCACACAACUACCAUCCGCUGCCGGUGGUCAUCGCGCGUGGCGAGGGCGUGCACGUGUGGGACCCCGAGGGCAAGAAGUACUAUGAUUUCCUGUCGGCAUACUCGGCAGUCAACCAGGGCCACUGCCACCCGCGCAUCGUCAAGGCGCUGGUAGACCAGGCAUCCACGCUGUGCCUGUCGUCGCGCGCAUUCUACAACGACAAGCUGGGAGCCGCCGAGAAGUUCAUCACCGAGUUCUUUGGCUACGAGAUGAUGCUGCCAAUGAACACCGGCGCCGAGGCUGUUGAGACAGCGAUGAAGCUGGCGCGCAAGUGGGCGUACCUCCACAAGGGCCUGGACAACGACGGGUACAUCCUGGGCGUUGACGGCAACUUCCACGGACGCACGGUGGGCAUCAUCUCGCUGUCGACAGACCCCGAGUGCCGCACAGGCUUCGGGCCAUUUGUGCCGAACAUCACAGCGACGAACCCGGACACGGGCAUGAAGCUGCGGUACAACCACGCCGAGGACCUGGAGGCGGUGCUGGAGGCGCACGGCGACAAGGUGGCAGCGUUCCUGGUUCCGGAGCCCGGGUACCUGAAGCGGUGCUACGAGCUGUGCAAGAAGCACAACGUGCUGUUUAUCUGCGACGAGAUCCAGACGGGCAUCGGGCGCACGGGCACUCUGCUGGCGAUCGAGCACGAGCAGAUCCGGCCGGACAUUGUGAUUCUGGGCAAGGCGCUGUCGGGCGGAGCGUACCCGGUCAGCUGCGUGAUGAGCUCCAAGGAGAUCAUGCUGUCGAUUAAGCCCGGCGAGCACGGGUCGACAUACGGCGGCAAUCCGAUUGCGUGCGCGGUUGCGGUGGCGGCGCUGGAGGUGGUGCGUGACGAGAAGCUGACGGAGCGCGCCUACGAGCUCGGGCAGCGGUUCCGUGAGGGUCUGCGCAAGAUCCAGUCGCCGCUGAUCAAGGAUGUGCGGGGACGCGGGCUGCUGAACGCCAUUGAGGUCAACCCGAUCGAGGGCAAGACGGCGUGGGACCUGUGCCUGCUGCUGCGCGACCGCGGGCUGCUGGCCAAGCCCACGCACGACACCAUCAUCCGGCUGGCGCCGCCGCUGACCAUCACGGCCGAGCAGCUCGACGAGUGCGUGGAGAUCAUCGUCAAGGCCAUUGCCGACUAUUCACAGUAGACCAACUGCUUUCUGUAUUCUCAAUUUAAUCCAUUACUGCAAACAGCACAUUCCCGAUCAAAGGAGUCGCCACGCACAAACGCA